UGAGUUCCCGGCCGGCCUGAGGGGGGCAGUAGCAGGAGGAAGGGCUCAGGGCUGACAGAGUCUGAGAGAAACCUGCUCCCACCAUCUCUCUUCACUGGAUUUACUGACUGGGCAGCACCUGCGGCCGGGAAUGAGCCAAAAGGAGGCCCGGGGGUCCCUCAAUGCCCCGCUGUGCUGAGGCGGAGUAGAAAGAAGGAUGCUGCGUCUGUCGCACUAACAUGCAGGCUGAGGGGCGCCCCGUGUGACAAUCCCUGUCAUUCCCAUCAUCUCUCGCACUCGGUUAUCGCUGUAACUGCACUGAAGCCGCGGCGGGGGGAGAGGCCGGAAGGAAAGCCCGGGCAGGAGGGACUCGUCUCUCUUUCUGUAUCUCAGGAGCCGAACAAGAUGUCGGCCAGGACGCCACUGCCAACAGUCAACGAGCGGGACACGGAGAAUCACACGUCACUGGACGGAUACCCAGAACCUCCCGUCCCACCAACUAAAUCCAGCAGCCGGCAGAGCCUUCCCCGAUGUCGGAAUUCCAUUGCUUCCACGACGGACGAGCAGCCCCAUGUUGGAAAUUACCGGCUGCUUAAGACUAUAGGGAAAGGGAACUUUGCCAAAGUGAAACUGGCUAGGCACGUGCUUACUGGGAGAGAGGUGGCGGUAAAAAUCAUCGAUAAAACGCAGCUAAAUCCCACCAGUUUACAGAAGUUGUUCCGCGAAGUAAGAAUAAUGAAGAUCUUGAAUCAUCCAAAUAUUGUAAAACUUUUUGAAGUCAUCGAAACAGAGAAGACCUUGUAUUUAAUAAUGGAGUACGCUAGUGGAGGAGAGGUGUUCGAUUACUUAGUGGCUCACGGAAGAAUGAAGGAGAAGGAGGCGCGGGCGAAAUUUAGGCAGAUUGUCUCUGCCGUUCAGUACUGCCAUCAGAAAUGCAUUGUGCAUAGAGAUUUAAAGGCAGAAAACCUGUUGCUCGAUGCAGACAUGAACAUUAAGAUAGCCGACUUCGGCUUCAGCAACGAGUUCACCAUCGGGAACAAGCUGGACACGUUCUGCGGGAGCCCACCCUAUGCUGCACCUGAGCUGUUUCAGGGGAAGAAGUAUGACGGGCCAGAGGUGGAUGUCUGGAGUCUCGGGGUCAUUCUCUACACACUAGUGAGCGGCUCUUUACCUUUUGAUGGUCAGAACUUAAAGGAAUUGCGGGAGAGAGUAUUAAGAGGAAAGUACCGGAUUCCUUUCUAUAUGUCCACAGACUGUGAAAACCUACUAAAGAAGUUGCUUGUACUGAACCCAAUGAAACGAGGCAGCUUGGACCAAAUCAUGAAGGACCGGUGGAUGAACGUUGGCUAUGACGAUGAAGAGCUAAAGCCGUAUACUGAGCCCGAACCAGAUAAUAAUGACACCAAGCGAAUAGAUAUCAUGGUGACAAUGGGGUUCUCAAGAGAAGAGAUUAACAACGCCGUAGUAAAUCAGAAAUACGAUGAAGUCAUGGCCACCUACUUACUUCUGGGUAGAAAGCCUCCUGAGUUUGAGGGAAGUGAGUCUCUAUCCAGUAGCAACCUCUGUCAGAGGUCUCGGCCGAGCAGCGAUUUAAACAACAGCUCGGUGCCGUCGCCCGCACACAUGAAGGUGCAGAGGAGCAUUUCUGCAAAUCAGAAGCAAAGACGGUUCAGCGAUCAUGCCGGGCCAUCAAUCCCUCCUUCUGUUUCAUAUACAAAACGAGGGCAAGCAAACAGUGUUGAAAGCGAACAGAAAGAAGACUGGGACAAAAACGGGUCACGUAAACUUAGCAACACUAUGGUCAACUCCAAAGGAGAAGUGGUAGCCAGCCCCCUGGUAGGGCCAGAGAGGAAAAAGUCUUCAGCCGGGACAAGUAAUAGCUUACUUCCCGGCAGUGGGAUGACCAGAAGAAACACUUAUGUAUGUGAACGCACUACUGAUAGACAGACUGCUGUACAAAAUGGAAAAGACAGCAGCCUAACUGAAAUGUCUGCAGGGAGCACGACUUCUACAGCAUCUGCGGUACCCUCAGCCCGACCUCGUCACCAGAAGUCCAUGUCUGCCUCAGGCCACCCCAUUAAAGUCACGUUGCCUACAAUCAAAGACGGUACUGAAGGUUUCCGGCCAAGCAGUACUGGAACUCAGAGGGUGCCCGCCACGUCCCCAUCCGCUCACAGUAUUAGCGCCACUACACCUGAUCGGACGCGCUUCCCUCGUGGAAGUACCAGCCGGAGCACUUUCCAUGGAGAGCAGCUCAGGGACCGACGCACAGCCACUUACAAUGGCCCCCCCGCUUCACCGGCCCACGAGACCUCCCAGUUCUCUCACAGUCGGAGAGGAACCUCCACUGGAAUCAUCAGCAAGAUCACCUCCAAGUUUGUACGCAGGGACCCAAGCGAAGGGGAAGCCAGUGGGAGAACAGAUCCGUCCAGGAGCACCUCCAGUGAGCCAAAGGAGCGGGAAAGGGAAGAUGCAAAGGACUCAAAGCCACGAUCUUUACGCUUCACCUGGAGCAUGAAGACCACCAGCUCUAUGGACCCCAACGAUAUGAUGAAGGAGAUCCGCAAAGUGCUGGAUGCCAACAACUGUGACUACGAGCAGAAGGAACGCUUCCUUCUCUUCUGUGUCCACGGAGACGCCCGACAAGACAGCCUUGUACAGUGGGAAAUGGAGGUGUGCAAGCUGCCUCGCCUGUCUCUUAAUGGGGUGCGAUUUAAGAGGAUAUCGGGGACAUCCAUCGCCUUCAAGAACAUUGCGUCCAAGAUUGCGAACGAGCUCAAACUGUGAAUUUGUUCCCCCAACGGGUAAUGGUCAGAGUGACGUCCAAUGUCUGAGUGUAACUGCUGAGCCCUGUAGACCGUCAAUGUGGCACAUUUUGGGCAUCUGAACCAGUAAAGGGCAUUAUUACUCCGGGCACACGAAUAUGUCCUUACUGCAAUAAGGUUAUACAUAGCUAUGAUGAAUUGUACAAUCUGAAAUCAACUACCACUUCUGCAUUAGUCAACCGUCUGUGUCAUGUACAGGUGAUGAUCUAGAACAUUCUGUUCUCCGUCGAUGUGCAUAGAAUUGUAUAAUAGACAAUCGGAUUGCUCAGACGAAGCAGAUGUUGUAUAGCUGGGUUUAGUUUUACUGUACAGAGAUCUAUGUUCAGUGUUUUUUUUGUUCCGGAUUCUGGAUGACGGCAAUCUUCCUUAUUGUUUAACGAGAUAAUGAUGAAUUUGUUUUUACUUUUUUUUUUUUUCAGUUUUGUAACGUUUCAAUAUGGCCAUUAUUUAACAAAAAACAAUCCACAGCUUUCCAAGAAAAAAAACCCCAUAAGGGUUUAUAAGCAAACCACAACUGUUUUAGAUAUUGGUGAUCAAUCCAUUGUACCAGAGCACUGCAGAGAACCCGUGGAACAUGUGAUGAGCCUUUAGUGAAGAUUAUCUUUUGCUUGUUGUGUUAUUUGUUCCAGAAAGUGUUUGACUGGGGGGGGGGGGGGUGUGUACAGCAAGGAUGACAAUUUAGCUAACCUCUGGUACUUGCCCGGGACAUCUCUCUAAAUUCGUCUCCAGAUGAGGGUCUGGGAGUUCCCCUGCACAAUCACUGUAGGUCAAUAACGUUGGCAUCUUUGGUUUACAUUGCUGAAAAGGUGUAGCUUGCCCUAACACAGAGUAACGAAUAGGAGACCUCUAUCUCUCGGCAUGGCUUAUUAACCUACUGUAUAUAUUAUUUUUUAAAA